AUGGACAUCAGAGUUUCUGACCUGCUAACUGAUAAUCUUCAGUGGAAUACAGAGAGAAUUGACAAGCUCUUACCAGAGUUUAGGCAGAUGAUACAGCAGCUGAAGCCAAGUAAAGAAGGGGCCGAGGAUACAUAUGUCUGGCUCCCUCUAGAAUCCGGAGUCUACUCAACGAAGUCAGGAUACAAUGCGCAAGCUCUAUCAACAGGGGCUCCUGAGCAUCGAUUAGCAAACAUCCCUCCAACCACGCCUCUAGAGUUCAACUGGGUUAAAGAAAUUUGGUCAACUAAAACAGCACCAAAACUUAUUCUCUUUAUGUGGUCAAUAAUUCAAAGAGCUUUACCUUUGGGGAAAGAACUGCAGAGAAGGGGGAUGUUGUCAUCUGCCCUAUGUCCACGAUGCAAGCAAGAAGAAACAGCUCUACACGUCUUCUUCCAGUGUCCAUUUGCCAAAGAAGUUUGGCGCCUGAUCCCCCUCAAAUUCCCAGUUCACCUAGCUGUUGAGACGGACUUUAAAGACCUGGUGGUACUUGCAAGAAACAUGGUAUGCCUCCCACCGACAGGAAUUAGAGUCCCGAUCCUUCCCUGGAUUUGCUGGUCCCUAUGGUUGGCAAGAAACAGAUUGCUAUUUGAGGAUGUAACGGCUCAGCCUAUGGAGGUAGCCACAAAAAGUAUAGUAGCAGCGCUGGAGUGGAACCAAGCUCAGGACAAAGCAAAAGAGAAUCAAACCGUACCAACAGUGGCAGAACAGCGCCAAGGCCAAAGCUCCCUCCGGCCCCACCGAUGCUUCGUUGACGCCGCUUGGGAUGCUUCUUCACACCGAGCAGGAGUCGCAUGGCGCCUCACCAGUAAUCAAUCGGGACCUCCCUUGUCAGGAACCCGAAUCAUCGAGAACGUAGGAUCCCCUCUAAUGGCGGAAUCGAUAGCUCUCCAGGAAGGUAUCUCUCAGUCGAUCGCUCUAGGGCUCACUUCGGUUACCUUCUUCUCCGACUGCGCAACGCUCAUAAGAGCAAUCACCUCCCAGAAUCAAGUGAAAGAGAUUUACGGCGUCCUUCAAGACAUCAAAUCCCUCUCAACAAGCUUCGAUUCGAUCGGUUACAAUCACAUCCCCCGUUCUCAGAACAGGGAUGUCGAUCUUCUAGCAAAACGAGCCCUUAAGGCUUCGUCUCUCCCUUCUGUUUCAUCUUUUCGCUUGUUGGGCUAG